CAAGCCCGCCGGAGGCGUGCCGCCCACCACGAAGAUCUAGCUCGAGCCAACUUCCAAGCUGCCACAUCCGAAAAUUCGCCUCGCCGGCCGCUCGGACCGGCUCCGCCCGAUCCGCUAGGGUUUUGGCGCGAUGGAUCCGCUCCGGAGCUACCUGGGGCGGCUCCUCCUCGAGGACGUCACCCCGGUGGUGAUGGUGCUGACCACCCCGCUCGCCGAGGCCGCGUGCCGCAGGAGCGGGCUCAGCUUCGUCGACAUGCUCUCCCCGUUCUCCCUCUUCAAGAAAAUCGACGUGCCCGUGCGCACGGCGAGUGACCAGCCUUACAGGCUGCAGAUGUUCAAGAUUCGGAUGGUGUACGCCUCGGACGUACGGAACCAGGACCUUGAGGUUGCGGAUGAGAGAAUUAAGCUGGUUGUUUCCGAGGCCAACGAGAACGCUCUUCCAGACUUGCUUUCAGACCCGCCAAAGCUGGAAGAUGUGCUAAAAAAGCCUGAAGCUGAGUUGUGCCCAUCAUGGAUUAAAAGGUUCAACAGAGAGCUAGUGCGGACACUCUCGUUUUCAGAACAUGAAACCUUUGACCACCCUGUGGCAUGUCUUUUAGUUGUAUCGUCGAAGGACAAAGAGCCAAUCAGCAAAUUUGCUGAUCUCUUCAACACGAAUCAGUUACCUUCUCUUUUAAAUGAAGGCAUAAUGGAUCCCCAGAUUCUGAAGCACUAUCUUGUACUUCACGACCAACAAGAUGGACCACAAGAGAUAGCCGUGAACAUCUUAGCAGAAAUGAGGAGCACCCUUGGUUUGAAUGAUUGUAAGUUGCUGUGUAUUAACUCUUCUACACAAGCUGAUGGUAGUGAUGCUGAUAAUUCGUGGUUACCCUAUAAAGCGCAUGGCUUACAGAAUCAUGAAGGAGCUUGUUUCCUUAACACGGAUGAUAUGAAUCAGAUAAAAGAUUUCAUGCAAGAUUUUGCUUCUAAUCAUAUCAUCCCCUACAUGGAGCAAAAGAUUCGUGUACUCAAUCAGCAGGUAGCCACAACAAGAAAGGGCUUUAGAAAUCAGAUAAAGAACUUGUGGUGGAGAAAGAGGGAUGAUGUGCCAGAAGCUGCAAAUGGCCCAAUGUAUACAUUCACCUCCAUAGAGUCUCAGAUCAGAGUUCUCAGUGACUAUGCUUUCAUGUUACGGGACUACGAGCUUGCUUUGUCCAAUUACAGAUUACUUUCGACUGAUUAUAAGCUUGAUAAAGCUUGGAAGCGCUUUGCUGGUGUUCAGGAGAUGAGUGGGCUUUGCUAUUUCAUGUUGGAUCAGUCAAGGAAGGAUGCUGAAUAUUGCAUGGAAAAUGCCUUCACGACAUACCUGAGAAUUGGAUCUUCUGGGCAAAGAAAUGCUACUAGAUGUGGCCUUUGGUGGGCAGAAAUGCUUAAAACAAGAGGACAACAUAGGGAAGCAUCAGCUGUGUAUUUCCGCAUAUCAAAUGAGGAACCUUCCUUGCAUUCUGCUGUACUGCUUGAGCAAGCUGCAUGUUGCUAUUUGUUGUCAAGUCCACGUAUGCUUCGGAAGUAUGGAUUUCACCUAAUCUUAGCUGGCAAUAGUUACUACUUGUCUGAUCAGAAACAACAUGCUGUUAGGGUUUACAGGAAUGCUAUGUUUGUUUACAAACAAAAUCCUUGGAGUUAUAUCAACAAUCAUGUACAUUUUAACGUUGGGAGGUGGUAUGGAGUCCUUGGGAUAUUUGAUGUAGCUAUCAAGCACUUGAUGGAGGUCAUUGCCUGUAGCCAUCAGUCACUGACAACACAAAGCAUGUUCCUCAAUGAUUUUUUCCAUUUUGUCCAGAGUACCGGGGAAAAAUUUGACGUAUAUAAGCUUCAACUCCCUGUUUUCAAUAUGUCAUCGCUGAGAGUUGUAUAUGAAGAUCAUCGCACUUACGCAUCCAAUUCAGAUGUUGAUGUUAAUGAAAGCAUUUGGCAUGAGCUGGAGGAAGAAAUGAUCCCAUCAUCAUCAGUUGUUAGAACUAACUGGCUGGAUACUCAACCAAAGUCUUCUCCUUUUAGAAAUAACAAGGCAUGUGUUUGUGUUGUUGGAGAAGCAGUAAAACUGAACGUUGAGCUUAAGAAUCCUUUACAAAUUUCAGUGAAUGUGUCUGGCAUAUCUCUUAUAUGCCAGCUUUCCACCGACUCUUCAAGUGCAGUGUUGACGACAGCUGCUGAGGAAGAUAUAGCUAACACAAAGCCCUCUAUUUCGACAUUUGAAAGCGAUGAAAGCAAAUUUACAGCAUCGAAGCUUGAUGUUGUAUUAGGAGGAGGUGAAACCAGAAGAAUACAACUUGAAGUGACUCCGAAAGUUGUAGGCAUUCUGAAGUUAGUUGGGAUAAGGUGGACACUGUCAGAUUCAGUAGUAGGCUAUCAGUACUUCGAAGUGGCCACACAAAAGAAAAAUAAGAAAGGAAAGAGAGGCGCUCGUCGUUCUUUAAACAACAACCUGAUCGUAAUCAAGGGUUUGCCUAAACUUACAGGAAAUAUUGAUUGCUUGCCAACAAAAGCAUUCACGGGUGAUUUACAGCUCCUCAAGCUGAAUCUGAGUAACAAAUCAGAACAUGCUGUGAAGAAUGUGAAAAUGAAAAUUAGCCAUCCAAGGUUUUUAAUUCCUGGCGAUUCACGGGAUCUUGACCUUGAGUUCCCACAGUGCUUAACAAAGCAUGUGCAAUCAGACAACAAUGUUGUAUUAUCUGAAGGUACCAAGGGAAAAUUCAAGGGCUUGCUAUUUGCAUUUCCUCAGGAUACCAAAAUUCAAGGUGGUUCCACAUUCUCUUGGCCUAUUUGGUUUCAUGCUGCUACUCCUGGAAACUUCUCGCUUUAUUUGUCUCUCUAUUAUGAAAUGGAGACUACCACUGACAUUCCAUAUCGCACAUUGCGCAUGCAUUACAAUGUGGAGGUUUUGCCAUCACUUGAUGUAUCCUUUGCUAUAAGUAUGUGCUCAUCAAGAAUGCAAGAGUAUAUUGUGCGCAUGGAUAUCAUGAACAGAACUCCAUCAAAAUCAUUUGCACUCCAUCAGUUGUCAUGUGUCGGCACUAAAUGGGCAGUUUCUGCAUUGCCCUCGUGCAAUUCCAUCAGCUCUUUGGAAAAAAUACAUGCAAACCAGGCUGUAUCAUGCUUCUUCAAGAUAAAGGAUGUAGGAACAAAUUCAUCUAUUGAGGCUGCAGACAAGUCCUGUGGAAGUGAUAUUAUUUUAUCUUCUGGGGGUAGUACUGAUGUAUAUGAUGUUUCUCUGUCUCCUAUGACCGAUUUCCACUAUCAAGAAAGAUACCAACAGGGGAAGUUAGCUAAGGGGCCACACAGUCUACUUGAUUUUAUCCUGAUCUCAAAGGCAGCAGCUGAUAAUUCGUCCAAGUCAGAACAACUGCUCUCUCAUCAUACAUGCCACUGCAGUCCUCUCAGCCAGAAUCCUGUUUGGUGGCUUAUGGAAGGGCCUCAAACCAUUACUCAUGAUUUCUCCAAGUCUUGCUGCGAGGCUAACAUCCAAUUGGUGAUUCAUAAUUCUUCAGAAGAUAACAUUUCUGUGAGAGUGGUUACGUCCGAUCGUAUGGCAGAUAAAAACCAAACUGUCCCUUCACAUGAAUCUGCCAGUGGAUGGUAUGAUGUGUCGUUGGAAAAUGACAUAAAGGCCAUCUCAAGCGCCAAGGGGACACACUUGCAGAAGGAAUCGUCAGAAAGCAUUUCACCGUUUGUUUGGUGUUCAUUGAGUUCUGCUCAAGUUGAUCUCAAACCUGACAGUUGUGCUAAAGUUCCUCUAAAAGUGUGUAUAUUUGCACCUGGAACCUACAACUUUUCAAAUUAUGAGGUGCACUGGAAGGUACAUCCAUCUGAGGGGGGACAAGUGGAUGAAAAUGGGAUAUCAGGCGGUGGUCAAGGCCAUCCUUUCUAUGUUAAUGUUCUUCAAGGUGUCCGAUGAAUUUCAAUGUUACGAAAAGAAGCAACCUUCUUAUGAAGCUCAGAACAUAAGAACUUCCAUCUAGUUCAGUGCAGAAGCCUGUCUUGUGGUGGCUGAAGUGAAGAUGUACUACCCCACCAGACCCAAACUAGUGGUCGCUGGCAGGUGGGUGGAGAUGUACAAUGUAAGUUCCCAGAUUGAAUAUAGAAUACACAUACACACGGAUUUUCUUAAUAUCAGCUUCAGUACUGAUGCAUUUAUACAAGUCCUAUCCAAGGAUGACCCAGGAGGACUAUUCAGGUGAUUAUAUGUAUACCAUUGUUGUCAAUGAAAUUCGGGACUUGCUGCUGUAGCCUGUAGGUUCUUAUACUAUUAUUGUAUAUCCUUAAUAUCCUUUUCUGUGAGGUAAUUAGUUUAUCUUCAAAACUGUUGUUCUAUGGGUGACAAUUGUUGCUUGGCUAAUGUUGAUGCCAUACCCACCAUGUCGUGAUUUUUGUUUUGUAUUAGUGGGUUGAGUUCCUGUCUGCCCGGGUGAUCAUGUUUGUAUUGGAUAUCACCAUAUUUUUGGUAGAAUUAGUUCUUGGGCAGUAACAUUUUGACUUGAUGUAAUCAAAAUCACAUUUUUUUU